AUGGCACCAACUUCUUCCAUAUUUGCACUUCUUCUUCUUGGAUUCUGUGCGGCGAAAGAUUUGUCGCGAUCGAAACGACAAAUUCAAGUGUAUUAUAUGUGUAAUGGUGGAGUUUCGCAGUAUCGUAAGAAACUUUUUUAAUUUUUGAGAGAAAACAUAAGUUUUCUCAAAUUCCAGCUUGCAUCAAUAGUAACAACAACUGCAACAACAAUAAUUGCAACUAUAAUUACAACAGCUACGGCUCAAAUAGUAUGAUUCUCCCAACAUCCUUCUACAAUCCAUCAACCAACUGUAACUCGAAUUGCAAUAAUUUCAACUGCAAUCAAUACAAUGGUCAAUGGAUUAAUGGGCAAUACGUGGCAUAUUCAACUGGUUCGAACACUUAUUCUCCAUGCGCCAGUAAUUGCUGCUUCAAAUAACAACAAUUAUUAUAACCCAUAUUUGAAUUCCAAUAAUGUGAGUCAUUUUUCUGCUGGAGUAGCAAAAAAAUCCAUAGCAAAAAAAUUUGAGAACAGCCAUAAUGAGAGAAAACGAGAGAGUGAAAAUUAGCGUGUGCGUGAAGAAGAGACGCGAGACGAAAAAGAGAUAUGACCAGAUUCCGCUCACUUAAAAAAACAUCUAAUUCCAAGUUUUUUUUAGAUUGUUGCAUCUUCAUCGAUUUCAACAGGGACAUCCACAGGAUCUACAAAUAAUUUGCCAUACGGAAUGCAAGCAUUUACAGGAACUUAUAACAAUGGAGGUGAGCCCUAGGUUUUCUAGAAAAUCGUUUUCUAUUUUUUUGCAGUCUAUAUGUGUGGUGGAACUGAGCCAUCAGGUGGAUCGUGUCAAGGAAACGGCGUCUGUCCAUCCGGUCACAGUUGUGUCUCCGGAAACCUGUGCUGUAAAUGUCCAGUUGGUGCCAGCGCUGGCAUGUGUUCUUCCAACUCGGAUUGUCGUGCUGGAUACUCUUGCUCGCUGACCGGAUAUUGUUGCGCGUCACAAAUCGCAUCGAACACCGAAUUGGUUUCGUGUGUCAAUAAUAUGUGUAUGGAUGGAUAUUCGUGUGGAGUUGGAAAUUUGUGCUAUCCUCAAGGAUUUUUCUAA